ACUGAGGCAGAUUAAGAGCAGGCUAGUUAAUUUCCUACAUGGAGCAGAAUAAGCAAAAGCUUCGAAAGGCUGUGUCAGACGUGUCGAGUGAAAUUGAGAAAUACUAUAGCGAGUUGAAGUUGGAGAGGCAAGAACUUGGUGCGAUUGAAGAGGUGGAACAAGCUGAAUGUCAGUGUUGUGGAUUGAAGGAGGAUUGCACUUCGGUUUAUAUCACAGAGGUUGAAGAGUGUUACUGUGGGAAGUGGGUUUGUGGGCUUUGUUCUGAAGCUGUUAAAGAAAGAGUAGGGCCAUGUCCGAGUACAGUAGCCAUGCAAGAUGCUUUGAACUCACACAGGGAUUUCUGCCAGGAAUAUAACGCUACCAGACUUAACCCUCAACUCUCGUUAACUCAUUCUAUGAGGGAAAUAGCCAAAAGAAGUUUUCAGAAUAGGAAAUCCAAGCUUACUCGCACCACUAGUUAUCCCUGAAAUCAUACAAUUUCUUCACUCAUGCUUCUGCUAAUUUUUACAUCACUUAUUCAUUCUUUUUCUAAUCACUUUAAUAUUUCUCAUUCAAAUCAUAAAUUUCUCAUACAAUAUCUAAUACUGGGUUUUAUUUUAGG